AUUGGCCCAUACUGUUUUCAGGUACAACAACCCUGCAGUGCCUGGCAAAUCCCUGCUGUGGUCCUGGUGGUCCCUGUCACUGCAUGUGUAGCGUCAUAUCCCGAAUCCCCUCAAUUGAUUUUCCAAGAUUUGCUUGCUGUAGCUCAAGCUCAAGCGCACCACGACACGACAGCAAGCAAGCUCUGCCAGCGCGAGAGACAUAGCAUGAUAUUACUACUGGCGGCGGCGGUGACGGUCACGGUCACGGACUGGCCGCAAAUGCAAUGGAUAAGAAUAUGGUCGCGCCUUGCUAGACUCAAUAUGAUAUAGAUUGUGCAACUAGACGUCAAUAGCCAGGUCUCUGAUUGCUUGCCGGAAAAGACAAGACAAGGCCCCGUUGUGCACGGUAGAGCCAGAACCAGGUCAACUUUCAGUCAAAUCUAUCAAAUGCCGCCGCCAACUGCACAAACGGAGCCAAUCAGUUGUAAUUAAAGUGUUGGAGUCGCACUGCCAACUUGUCCUGAUCGGGCGUAGACAGGGCCUCUUAUUUGGUCGUCCAAGGCUCCAAGCAUCCAAGCAGCGCAUCGUCACUUUUGACCGGCCCUGAGCUUGAGCCUGAGCCUGCCUCGCCUGCCUCCUCUCGUCUCCCUCCGCCAAAAAGCAAGCUCGCUCGCUCGCUGGCGCCCAAGCUACUUUAGCUCCAUUUGCUGUUCUCCCCCAAAUCUACCUGCUCCCCCCCCAACUUCCAACAGCCCUUCUUCUUCCCUUUCUCCUCCACCUGCAACAAAGAACUCCACCGCGUAUUCUCAAGCAAGCAAGCAAAACUCUCGCACUCCAUCAUCAAUCAACCUCUCCACGAAAGUAUCUCUCCAUACCAAUAGUCAAGAUGAAGUCCGCAUCCAUGAUCGCCGUUGGCGCAUUCGCCUUCACUGCUGUCGCCCAGCUUGAGAAUCUCCCAUCCUGUGGUGUAAGUUGUUAUCUGCUGGUCCCUACCUGUCAAUAGUGGCAGAUCGAGAUCAAUCGAGGCAAUUGUCGCGCAAUCUACCGUUCAAUUACUCUCCGAUCUUGCAUCUGCCACUGUCUCUCAACAGCUCGGGUUGCCUAUCGUCCCAGGACAAAAGCUGACCAUUUCCCAGCAAACUUGCAUUUCCAACAUGCUUGGUCUUGCUCCAUCCCUUGGAUGCUCUGCUACCGAUGCUGCAUGCCUCUGCGGUAACGUCAACUUCGCAUACGGUAUCCGUGACUGCUCCAACGCUGCCUGCGGUUCUGAUGUCGCGCCAUCCGUUAUCGCCUACGGUGUUGCAUACUGCUCCUCCGCUGGUGUUGCUAUUGGUGGAUCUGCUACUGGAACUGGAGCUGGUGUUGGCUCGGCCACUGCUGUUACCACUGCGACCGUCGCAACUGGAACUGAGACCGCCACUGCUACUGGAAGCGGAGGUGCUGGUGGAGCUGGUGGAGCUGGUGGAUCCUCUUCUGCCAUUACCACAUCCGAGAUUGUCUCGGUAGUUACCUCGGGUGAUUCAACCUUCUCGACCGUCGUUGGUUCUACUACGAUCUUCGCCGGUGCUGGAGGAGCUGCUGGUGGAUCCGCAUCUGCCAUCACAACCUCUGCUAUCGUCUCCACUGUUACCUCCGGAAGCUCGACCUUCGAGACCACCGUUGGAUCAUCCACCCUCUCUGGUGUUGGGGGUGUCGUUGGGGGUGCUGGUUCAGCUGCUUCUUCCGCAACUGGAUCUGCUGGAUCUGCUGCUUCCUCGGCCGGAUCUUCAAUCACCUCUGCCAUCAACAGCCUUUCAUCCGCUGGUGCAAGCGUAAGUUUCCUAGGCAAGCUUAAUUUCAAAAGCAAUCUAACACAACCCAGGCCUCAAGCUCUCUUGCAAGCUCUCUUGCUUCCGCAGGAUCCAGCCUUUCCUCCGCUGCCACUGCUGCCGGUGGAAGCUCCACCUCCUCCGCUGGUGGUGCCCGUCAAACCGCCAUGGCCGGUAUGGCUGGUCUCGUCGGUCUCGCCGCCUUCGUCCUGUAAAUCAACCAACCAGACCAAACCUUAA